AAGAAGAAGAACCUUUAGCUUCCCGAAUCCAUCGGAUACGAAGGUACAGACAGGUUAUGGCCAGAGACCAUCCCUGGAAAUAAAGUGUUCACAUGCUUGUUUUCGGUCACGUUAGUCAUUGUCUGACCCUCUGUGACAUGAUGGAUGACACAGAAAUGGACGUGUCAGGCAACUCUUCCCUUGGGGAUGCAGUGUCUGGUAGAGGACAACAGAGUGUGUCUAAUGAAGGUGACGACCUCUACUACAUCCCGGAGAGAAGACCAUCUCUGGACUUAGGACCAGGUCUAAUGGAUACCAGCCACUGGCAUUAUGUGGACCAGGCCCUGUCUCCAGCUCUGAGCUACAUGUCAUUGGCAAGUGCAGAGAGCUCAGUCAAAAUGGAUGACUUCACGAGGGUCAAGCUGGACAGAACAGAUUCAUACUCUAGCUUGUACUCCUUUGACAGCGAUGACUGUGAAAAGAGAAUACCCAAGGUUAAAAGGAGAGACGAUAUUGUCUCAGAGCUUUCUGACACACCUGAGCCAAUCCAAACCACGAAUGAGUUUAGGCAUCCUUCUCUCACAGUUAGAUUCGUUUUCAAGGCUAUCAGUAAUACCCUUUGGAAGCUGUCAGGGGAAAAUCUUAAGAGAUUCAAAUUGAUGCUGUGGAAGCAUUACCCACAGUCAUUCAACGCUCCUUCCCAAAGCAUGGACGUGGUGGACCUUGUGGACCGGUUGCUUGAGUGUUACAGCCUUGAAGUAUCUUUGCAGAUCACCAAAACCCUUCUUGAGAAGAUAGGGCAGAACAAGAUGGUUGACUAUCUCCAUACUUUGUGCAUCAGAAAUGAAGUACGUUCUGAUUUAAGUGAGACUCUGAAGAGGACAUACAUGGAAGUAUGUGAGGAUUUGGCCAUGCAGGAUGAGAGGAAGCCUUUUGACAAUGUCUUUACUAAUCUCUACAUAACCUCACCAUGUGAUAAUGGCCCAAAUAUUGAACAUGAGGUCAUGACCAUUGAAAAACUGGACAGCAACCGGGAAGCAGGGAAGCUUCUUUAUACCAAGGAUAUUUUGAGCGCUGAAAGGUUGGAGCGCGCCAACAUAAAGUUUGUAUUGAUCACUGGAGUGGCUGGGUCGGGUAAGUCAAUGGCAGUCAGAAGGUUAGUCCUCGAUUGGAUUGAAGAGCGGUCCCACCAACACGUGUCUUUUUUGUUUCCAUUGCCGUUCAGAGAACUCAAACAGUUUAAGGAUUCCAAGGUCUCCCUGUUGGAAAUAAUACAAACACUCUACCCAGAAACAAAAAAACUUAGAGAUGAAGAUUAUAGAUGCGAAGAUUGCAAAAUAAUGUUCGUCUUUGACGGUCUUGAUGAGUACAAUGGGAAGCUUGACUUUGAAAACACUGAGCUUCUUGGUGACCACACAGAUCCCACCACCCUGAACAUCAUUGUGGUCAACCUCCUCAGAGGGAGGCUGUUCUACCGCGGCCUAUUCCUGGUCACUUCUCGGCCGCAAGUAAAGCGCUGCAUUCCUUGGGAUAUGCAUUAUGAUGAGAUGGAGGUGCGUGGAUUCUGUGACCCUGAAAAGGAUGAGUACUUUAAGAAGAGAUUUAAGGACCCAGAUCAAGCAGCCCAAGUUAUUGCGUAUAUCAACUCUCUCAAAACCCUCCGCAUCAUGUGCCACCUUCCCUUGUUCUGCUCACUGAUUGCUGAUGAGUGCCAUCGCAUAUUUAGGGAACAGGGGGCACGGGCAGAGCUGCCCAGGAGCAUCACUUACAUGUACACAAAGCUUGUGCUAGCACUCACACGUCAGCAUCGCACAUUUAGAGCUCCAAAUCGUAGCCCAGAUGAAGAAAGAGACUUCCUUAUGAAGCUUGGAAAGUUGGCCUUCAAGAUGUUGGAACAAGGCCAGUUCAAGAUUACCAGGUCCGACUGGAAAGACAUCGGAAUCAACGAGGAGGAGGCAGUGAUUAACUCUGGCCUGUGCACACAAUACACCACAAAGCCAUACAUCUUGAUUCAUGAGAAAGUCUUCAGCUUUAUCCACCCCACCAUGCAGGAGUACCUGGCUGCCCUUUAUGUCUUUCUCUCCUUUAUAAACCAGGGGAAGAACAUUUUUGAGCAGCAACUUAAAGACAAGUUCAAGGGGAUGUUCAAAGGACAAAAAACUAUGGAGCUGUACAAAAGCGCUGUGGACAGAAGCCUGAGCUGUGAGGAUGGCAAACUGGACAUUUUCCUACGUUUCCUGUUUGGAAUGGCACUUAAGACCAACCUGGAACUCCUCCAGCCAUUCUGCACCUCUUCUGUAAAGUGGCCAACAGUGAUCGCAGAUGCUGCUGCCCUCAUCAGGAAGAGGAUGAGAGAAAAUAAUUAUUCUGGCAGGAGCAUCAAUUUGCAGCUCUGCUUGGUGGAGCUGGGUGUGUUAGAAUCAGAGGCAGAAACCUCUUGAUCUGACUCUUUUAAAACACUGAUCACUGCACAAAAUCAUUUCACUAUAAAAUGACGACUAUGUUUGUUUCCUAUUCAACCAGAAUAUGCAUUAAUGGAGCUUUUAAUGCAUUUAAGAGCCAAACAUAAAGUAAUCACUUCUUUAGUUCCACAGUUACAAAGCUGAAGAAAAACCAUCUUUUAA